CCUCGGACAGCUUACUGGGCGUAUUCCCCUCAAAGCCUAGCCAAUAGGAGGAGCGGGGGGCGUGGCUGGAUGGAGGCAGCACUCCGGCAAACUGAGCGGCUAAGCAGUCACUGACAGCUCUGUGGCGAGAGUGGCUGUACAGCUGCCGAGGCUCCUGUGCAGGGCCGGGGGUGGGAUGCUGCGCUCUGAUUGGUCGCUGAUCGCCGCACGAAGGACGCUGAUUAGCUGCUGAGCAGCUGGGCAGACCCAUGUUGGCCAAAGGGAUCAAGCGUAAAUUUUCAGAGGUGGAGGGGGAGAUGGGAAGUGGUUCUGAACCAGAGAUGGCAGCGCGGAGCCAGAGCUCGCUGCCUGCGGUGCAGUCCCACUGCUUGAUGAAUAUAUCUCUUGUGAAGCUUCAUCGCAGUCUGCAUCAUGUGGAGCCCAACCUGAGGCAUCUUGUGCUGGUGGCCAACACUCUGCGUCGCCUUCAAGAUAACAUGCAGGCAGAAUCCGCUGUGCCAGGAGUGUGGAAAACCAUGGAAGACGGCUCCAGGAAGGACUACUCCCAAACUUUUGCCAAUGAGAGCAGAAAACCAGCCCCAGAAAUCCAGGGAGAAGACACCCUACUCUCCACCAUGGAUGCAUCUUUAUAUUCUUCCAUUUCCACCAUCCUUGAGGAUUUAAACAACUUUGAGGGACUGAGCAGUUCUCCACUUCCCCAGUCAGAUGAUGACCAGCUUUGUUGCCCAAAGGACAUCAGUAGGGAUGGGAGCAGAGAAGAAUCUAGUAAGCUGACGGCAACGUCAAGCCUCCUAAGCUCCUCCACCUACCUCCUUGGUGAUAACCUAGAAGACAUUUUUGAAGACAUUGAUACUUCUAUGUAUGAUAGCGAUCCCUGGUCGAACAGCAAUCUCUUAAACUUCAAAACAUUAUCUAAUAUGAAUGUUGCUGAGGAGAAGGCCUUGUCGGAUGGACAGGACUCUAUGCUAGAACUUAGUGACUUAGACUAUCUGAUGGAUGUUCUGGUGGGAACCCCAAACUGCUGAUAACCCCAGCUAGGACAUUAACAGGCACAAUGAUUUAUCUUGUAACAAGACACUAUUGUAAAUAAUAAGUGAACUUCAUUUUAAUUUAUUUUGAACAGAUAAACCCGAUGGUUAUUAUUCAGGGCGAGGGGAGGGUAUUAGUCUCAGUUACACCUGUCAGACACAAUCCAGAGAAAUAAGUGUUAGUUGCGGAUGACAAAUGUACUAUACUGAGAGGACUAAGGGGCUAUGAGGGGUAUUCAAUUAGUGCAGUUUUAUCGAUUUGUCGAAAAAACAACACUUUCCACCAUUUUGCAGGUCAUAUUCACAUUUGACCUAUUCAAAGCCCGGCCUGAUUUUUCAACUUGUUGAAAAAUCCGUCCGGCCAAAUACCACGUGGAUCUGUGAAUUUGCUGCCGAUCCACGUGGUUUUUCGAAUUUGCAGGCAUUUUCGACAGGUUUUUUUGGUCCAUCUUCGCCCAUGCCGAUUCAAAAAAAAAAUCAAAAAGGCAUGGUGAAAACGGAGCAAAAACCUGUCAAACGCCUGUGAUUGAAUAGCCAAUGGUCGAAUUAGUGACGGUUUUCUGACUGUCGGGGAAAACUCUGCACUAAUUUAAUAUCCCCCAUUGUUGACCAUGAGCUAAUGAAUGAUGCACACAUCUGCCUAUCUAUGCCAUAGAAAACAAGUGUAAGCAGGCCUUUUCAGUAUGAGAUUGUUUCACAUUUUUAAAAAACUUUCCACAAGUUUCUGAACAAGUUGUUAAAUCAUUUUGUAAAUCCUGCUGUACAAACAAACUUUUAUAUGAAAUCAUAAGACGAAGCCAUUGGGACUAUUUGUCCUAGCACAUAAUAAAUGUAUAUAAAACCUAUAGAUAUAUAAAUCUUCUAUAUUUUUAGGACAACUAAUUUUAGCUUAAAUGCCUUACUCAUGCCACAUUUCUAUACAGCCUUCAUGGGUUCCCUCAAAUUCUGUCACCAAAUUGGUGUUGGUUUAUGUAAUAUUUUUUUUUUUUAAAUUUUAUUAUUUGGUAUGUCCAAUGAAAGAGUGAAUUAUUUUAAUAUCUGAUAAAUGCAACGGUGAUUAACAUAAUACAAUUUUAAAUUGCAGGUUUUUCUUAAUGGUUUUAGCUUUUCUCAAAAAAAAAAAAAAUGAAAUAAAAAAUAUAAUUUUAAAAUUGUAGAAAUGAAGCAAUAUCAUAUGUAUAUUUCGAUCAUGUUAAUGAAACUGAUUUAACCUGAAGUGGUAUUUGGGUUUAUAAGCCAUAGUCAUUGACUGUCAGCUUGUAUUCAGGGAGAAAUAUUUCCAAAUUCCAUGCCGGCUUCCGAUAGGCCCUCUUCCAGAACAGGAAACUACUCCUACUGUAAAGGCCAGUUCUGUUACCUCACCUUGACAUUUGUUUCCCUGUAUUUAUUUAAAAAAAAUAAUUUUAUUUUCCAGUGGCGUUAUUAACGAGGGAUUUUUCCCUGUAUGAUGCAGGAGAUUCUGUAACCCCCAGAAUUUAGAAAAAUUCUACUUUUUUUUUUUUAAUCAUCAUUUCAGCUGUAAAGAAAAGGUCUGGUGAUAGUAUUUAUUGACAUUUUGUGCUCGUCCUGAAUUAAUUUUCUUAAUUUUAACACUUGGAUUAUCCUUAUUUAUCCUUUUGUGAAUAUUUAUGAUCAGAAUAAAAUGGAUUUUCAUAACUG